AUGGCAGCCGGUCAUACGCGCUAUGUGCGCUAUAUUGCGCUUGCGCUCUUCACCCUUACUAUGUUCUACUUCUUCUCCAAUUCCAAGAUCGAUACCAUACCCGUUCGUGGUAGUGUCAACAGCUUCCCAGGCGGUCCUGGAAGUUCUAGCAACCAACAAGCCCCCGGCACAGUUCCCAAGACCAACGAUGCUGGCAACAAUGUCAACUUCCCCGGCCAGGGAGCGCCUGCUGCUGAAGAAGGUGAUACUGCUCUCACCAAGGACGAAACUCCCGCCCAGAAGCCUGCUGGUGAGGCAGCUUCUGGUGGUGAUGUCCCUGCCUCAGAAGCUCCCAAGGUCCCUGCCGAGGCUCCCGUCUCAAGCGAGCUCGCUGAGGCUCCUUUGGCUAUGUCUCCCAACGACCCUGGCUGGAGCAACCUCCAGGGCACCGCUCCCGGUCCCCGUAUGAACGCUACAUUUGUCACUCUUGCUCGUAACCAAGAUGUUUGGGAAAUUGCCGAGUCCAUCCGCCAGGUCGAGGAUCGUUUCAACCGCCGAUACAACUAUGAUUGGGUUUUCCUCAACGACAAGCCUUUCGACGAGCAGUUCAAGAAGGUCACCACUUCUCUCUGCUCUGGCAAGACUCACUACGGAUUGAUCCCUGAGGAGCACUGGUCUUUCCCCGAGUGGAUUGAUCAGGAGAAGGCCCGCAAGGUCCGCGAGGAUAUGCAUGAACGCAAGAUCAUCUACGGUGACUCUAUCAGCUACCGCCACAUGUGCCGAUUCGAGUCUGGUUUCUUCUUCCGACAGGAGCUCAUGAUGAACUACGAAUACUACUGGCGUGUUGAGCCCUCCGUCAAGCUCUUCUGCGACAUUCACUACGAUCCCUUCCGCGUUAUGCACGAGAACAACAAGAAGUACAGUUUCGUUCUCUCUCUCUACGAGUACAUCGACACCAUCCCCACUCUCUGGGCCAGCACCAAGAAGUUCAUCCAGAACCAUCCCGAACACAUCUCUGAAGGCAACUCCAUGCGCUUCCUCAGUGACGAUGGCGGUGAGAACUACAACAAGUGCCAUUUCUGGUCCAACUUUGAAGUUGGUAGCUUGUCCUGGCUUCGCAGCAAGCCUUACCUCGAUUUCUUCGAGUCUCUCGACAAGGAUGGUGGUUUCUUUUACGAGCGAUGGGGUGAUGCACCUGUCCACUCCAUUGCUGCCGGUCUUCUCCUCAAGAAGGAACAGAUUCACUUCUUUGAGGAUAUUGCCUAUUACCACGUUCCUUUCACUCACUGCCCUACCGAUGAGCAGCGACGAAUGGAUCUUCGUUGCCACUGCAACCCCGAUAACAACUUUGAUUGGAAGGGCUACUCUUGCACUUCUCGAUUCUUUGAUCUCAACGGCAUGGAGAAGCCCAAGGGUUUUGAGAAGCAGCAGUAG